UAUCCCUCUCCUCUAGUGCAGCCGCCGCCGCCGCUCCCAGCCCGCGGUCCCCUCGCCUCCGCCGCCGCCUCGGAGAUCUUCCGAACCCUUCCGUCAACAUGGGGAAGACACGUGGUAUGGGAGCUGGGCGCAAGCUCAAGACCCACCGCAGGAACCAGAGAUGGGCUGACAAGGCCUACAAGAAGAGCCAUUUGGGCAAUGAGUGGAAGAAACCCUUUGCUGGGUCAUCUCAUGCCAAGGGCAUUGUUCUGGAGAAGAUUGGUAUUGAGGCUAAGCAGCCUAACUCUGCUAUCCGUAAGUGUGCCCGUGUGCAGCUUGUGAAGAACGGGAAGAAGAUUGCUGCCUUUGUGCCCAAUGACGGUUGCCUGAACUUCAUCGAGGAAAACGACGAGGUGUUGAUUGCUGGAUUUGGUCGUAAGGGCCAUGCUGUGGGAGAUAUUCCUGGUGUCCGAUUCAAGGUCGUCAAGGUCUCUGGUGUGUCUCUCCUGGCUCUCUUCAAGGAGAAGAAGGAGAAGCCAAGGUCUUAGGCUGCUGUAUCUUGGUUGGCAGGCAUGGAAUAGACAAUAUGAAGGCUUUAGAUGCUUAAGAAGGAUGGUUCCUUGCUAAAUUUAAAAUGCACUUUUUAUAUAAGAUUGUGUUGGUAAAAACCAUGUCUCGUCAUCAGAUUUUGCUUCUGUUAAGGGGAAGUACUAUGCUGAGUUUUUAUUUGAGCAGGCUAUGCUUAUGUGUGUUAUUUGAGGCUUUUGACCCUUGUCCAGCUAUUAGUCCUGUUCAACGUUAA